GCAACGUUAAGGCAUAUAACGCAACCUUUGCCCACCAAGAGUCUUUCUUCCAGAAGGAGAAACAGGAGAGGAAGAAAAACAACACUCUUAAAAACUACAACUAAGAACUUUAUAUAUAUAUAUAUAUAUAUACAACAAAGAUUCCAGUUCCUCUGACAGGUUUCCUUGGAGGCUUGAGAAAUGUUCCGGUGGAUCUGCUGCAUCACUGUGUUUCUCUCCUUUUGUGAAACGAUGAGAAAAGCACAUUGUGCGUCGCUGUAUGAAAGUGAGCGCCAGAACGCCUCUCAAAGAAACCUCCUGACAGAGGACGGCGAUCUGGCCAACAGUAACGCCACUGAAACUCGAGGGCUCACCAAUGAAGACAGCGCCCCAAAGUCGCCAGAAUGGUCCUAUCUGGCCGCCGGGCUGGGCACAGCUCUGGCUAUCUCGCUCGUCAUCGUCACGGCCGUCAGGUUCCGCGUCUUCCGUCGCUUCCUGGCCAGCUACAGACACUCCUUGUUGCAGGAGGCCGACGGGGUCAGCCAGUACGGCCGAGACGAGGUGCCCUUUCCGAGCAGCGUGUCUGGCAGAGUAGGAGUGGCGAGAGGGACCGUCGUCGCACUCGAGGAAGAUGACGACGGCUUCAUUGAAGAUAACUAUAUUCAAACCAGUGAGAAGGCCCGGGCAGAGAGAGAAGAAGAUGAAGAGGUGGAGUACGGCAUAGACGACAGUGACGAUGACCUGCAGUUCACAAUAGGCUGAGAUACUGUAGAUGAGUGCAGCGGCUGCUUUACAGCUCGUUUUUUUCAUCACUUGACAGAUGCAGAAGCGCCAAACAUAAACAUUUAGACGAAUAUGCACACCUAUGUGUCGUACUGAACAAUUAGCAGAAUCAGGUCAAAGAAAUUAAAAACAACUUCCGCCAAACUUUGUAAAAGGGUGCUUCAUGGGCCAAGAAAGAACAAAUGGCAUCUUGGUGAGGAUCUAGCGUGCGGGUAGAGAAACUGAUUUUCACCGAUUGAGUCCUUGCGGCAUCAAUGCGACUGUGCACUCCAGCCAUCCUUGUGGCACCACGCGCAAUCCUACACCAACCAGAAAAUAACCCGCGAACUAACAAAGAGACGAACAAAUGUUGUUUUUGAACACUUCUGUGAUCGGUUUGGCCUUGGCAGAGGUUCGAGCUCGACUGACUGACAUUCUAGUUAUAGUAUACAGAAUAUAGUUUAUAUUAGCACGGGUAACGCAAACAAAAUGAUGGUCCUGUAAAUUAUUUCAUCACUGGAGGAGGUCCUCAUUCCUGGAUAUGGUAUGUACAGUAUGUACAUACA